AUGUAUAUUGGCAUUGCUGAAUUUGUGGGUGCUUAUGAUAAAAUUCUUCACCGAUGCAGUUCUCAUUCUUCAUGUCAGUUGGUGAUUUUUGUUUCGUGUUUAAACAUUGACGCGUUAUGUGCAUCGAAGAUGCUAUCCAGUCUAUUCAAGAAGCAAUUGGUACAAUCACAGUUAGUUCCCGUGUUUGGUUAUUCGGAAUUGAAGGAUCACUAUCAGAGACUGGACGAAAAUAUCAAUAGCGUUAUAUUUGUAGGUUGUGGAGGGAUGGUAGAUCUUGAAUCUUUUUUAGAGAUUGAUCCACAAGAAAACACGCAGGGUCCAUUAGAUGAGAUUCAAUUAGAUAAGACUGACGUUGUUCAGAAAUUUAAGAAGGAGAUAUUUGUGCUUGAUUGUCAUAGACCGUGGAAUUUGGAUAAUUUAUUUGGUUCACAGUGCAUAACCUGUUUCGAUGAUGGAACAGUCGAAGAGUCUUUGACAGAGCAAAAGAAAGCAUACUACAAACUUAUAGAGAUAGAGAACGAACUUGGCGAUGAAUUGGACGAUGACAGUGAUAGCGAGGAAGAGGAAGAUGACAGGGAAACGCAAAAUGAGGAUAAAGACGACGAUGACGAUGACGAUGACGAUGACGAUGACGUAGUAUUGGGUAAAAGGUCCAGCGAUGAAUUGAAUCCAAAAAAAUCACAUAAACAACGAAAGCGAGAGUUUCACAACUUAGAAAAAGUGUUACAGGAGUACUAUUCACAGGGAUCAACGGUGCUGAACUCCCUUUCAGUUCAGAUAUAUUCUCUUUUGUCUGGUAUUGGUGAGACAAAUCUAGAUUAUUUAUGGUUAUGCAUUCUAGGAGUGUCCUCUUUGGAUAAUUCCUUCCCGUUGGUAUACAAUCGACUAUUACCACUUCUGAAAGAUGAAGUAAAAAGAUUGACACCUAGUGAAAAAACUAAAACGCCAGAUUCUUUGAAUCUUGAGAUUCGUCCCGAUUACAGUUUAUUCCUUCUGAGGCAUACAUCCUUAUAUGAUAGUUUUUAUUAUUCUAACUACGUCAACGCCAAACUGUCACUGUGGAAUGAAAAUGGCAAGAAAAGACUGCAUAAAAUGUUUGCACGCAUGGGUAUUCCGCUGAGUGUUACACAGGAAAACUGGAUAUAUAUGGACAAUAAUUUCAAGAGAGAUCUGGGCGUACUUUUCGAUAAAAAUCUCGAUAGAUACGGGUUACAAGAUAUUGUACGAGAUGGGUUCUUGAGAACUUUCGGUUACCGAGGAUCAAUAAGUGCCAGUGAAUUUGUCGAAUCGAUAACCGCUUUACUUGAAGUUGGCAAUGCUUCAAACGCACUAGAAAAUUUGACAACAGCUAAUGUAUCUCAAAAAGAUGAUACGAACCAAGGUGAUGAAGAGAAUAGGGAGUACGAAGAAGCUGAAGAGCAAAAAAUUAACAGAAUACUGAAGACAAGGCAAAAAAAAUGGAUUGCAAAUUUUUGGUCAAGUUGGGAUGUAUUGGACAAUAAUAUGGAUAUUUUAUCUCAGGGGAUUAAGCAUGCAACAUUUUUACAAAGAAGUGUAUUUGAAACUGGAGUCGCUAUUCUGGAGAAAAGAUUAGUGAAACAUUUAAGGAUUUACAGGCUAUGUGUUUUACAAGAUGGACCAGAUUUGCAUUUAUAUAGAAAUCCAUUAACGUUAUUGAGGCUGGGAUCAUGGCUCAUUGAAUACUAUGCAGAAAAUGACGAAAAACAGUUACUUCCACUGGUAUUGGCAACUUUAGAUGAGACUUCUGACACAUAUCUUUGUGCAGGGAUUGCGCCAAGGUACCCAAGAGGGUUGGACAUUUUACAACAACAACAGCAGAAAACUUUAAAUAAUUUCACAGUGGCAUUUCAACAAAUAGCAGCUGAGACAGGUGCCAAAGUAAGGAUUGACAAUUUCGAGACAUCAAUUAUUGAAAUCAGGAAAGACGAUCUACAACCAUUCCUUGAACGUUUGACAUUAAGCGGAUUGAUUUAG